GCUGGUCUUAACAAGAAGGUGUUUCCCAACAUUCAAUGGGUUGCUGACGUGUUGGCCACCUUUGUCACAGUUCUGGAUCACUCAAGGAUUCCUCCUCGAUUGUGGAAUGAUCUCAAGAACCUUCACAAUGAAGGCAUAAUGUCAUGGGAUCUUGCUAAGUAUCUGAUGCAGAAGGCAGGAGUAGAAGUAGCUAACUAUGAUGUCAUUCUCAUACUUUUGCAGUUGUUUAACAUCAUUUCAGGAUCAUGUUUGGCUGUUUCAUCAGUCAGUGUGGAUGUUAAUGUUCAAUGUCAUCAAAAAUUUUUGUUCCCUCCAUGGUCAUGAGGGAAUUCAUCAGCAACUCAUUUGCUUACCAAUCAGCUCUCUGCUCUUCUACAACUCCCCCACCCUUGUUCAUCAUUCCCAAGGGCUUCAAUGCUUUUCUGAAGCCUUUGUUUUACCGAUUUGUUACUCGCAUGAUCAGCAAGUACUCAAAGGGCCCACAGCUUAGCAGAAACCAGGUGAUACUUCAUCUUUGUAAGGAUGUGGAUUUGGAGUUGGUCUACACUGUGAAAGCUGUCAUUAUUACCGUGUACUGUCCAUUAAGCUCUAAACAGUUGCCUACAGAUGGAGUGCUUCGUCCACUAUGUGAUGGAGUAAGAGUGACUCUCAUAGAACAACUCACACUGGCCAAAGAAUGAGGAAUGGAUGGUUUUCAGUUUGAGGUGUGUAUUCAUGAUGCCAUUGAUGAAGCUUCAAUAGAAUAUAAUCCUCAAUGUUUGGCUUCACUGGAUGAAUAUCCAGGCGAUGAAAUACUGCUUGACAAACAACACAAAUGCAUUUGUUGUCCAGCUAAACUCGAUGUUUGGUAUCACAACAUUCUUCCCAGUCAUAGCGUUGAAGCAGCUGCUGACGAUGCCUAUGAUCCCGAUCAGGUUUUGUCUGUUGUAUUACAAGAAGGUAUAGAUUGUUGGCUGUCUAUUGGGUUGAAGAUGGCAUUUACAACAAGUCAAAUUAACGAUAAGACGAAUGACAUUUCUCUUGGUGCUGACAAGUUCCGGGUUUUGUUUGAAGCAAAAGCACAAGAGGUAGGACGAUAUGAGGCAGUCAAACGACUGUUAACAGCAUGUCGUACCAUUCUGUAUCCAAUCAUUGGAGCAGUAAUGAAUCAAUUGACAGGAGAUUAAGGAACUGUAGCACCUCAGCAGGUGCCCCUGUCUCAACAGCUUGAAGUGUCAAUGAUGGUAGAAAGGAAAAUUUGUAGGAAACACUUGGUUGCCGUGGCUAACGCAAUUGGCAGUCAGUGGAAAGAAUUUGCCACACGGCUUGCUCCAGAGAAGUUUACUAUGUCUUCAAUCAGUACAGUCGAACAGGAACGAAGAUCAUUGCUUGAGCAAGUCCAUAGAAUGUUGGAUGAUUGGACCAACGAUUUACAUAAAACGCGACUUGUCAUUUGAUUGUUGUAACAUUUCUGAGCAUGAAAAUGAGAGCUCAAGCAAAUUUUAUUUUUGGGACUGAUGUGGUAGAGUAUGUUGAACGUAACCAAUAGCUGAAGAAGCAAGAAGCGAGG